AUGUUUUUCGCUUGCGGGUAUUUGCGCACUAGCGCGAAUGUAUGCGUGUCCGCAUGGGUAUGGCACAUAGCGUGGUCCUGUGCAAGAGCCGGUGGGCGCGAUAAGGAGGCCUUAUCCGCUGACCCGGUUACACUCAAUUAUGGUGUCAAUGAAGUUCCCUUAUCAAGGACUAGUACACUCACAUCAAGUACAUGGUACCUAGACGUCGCUGCUGUCGGAGGGGGCGCGAGGCGGUGCGGUACGGGGGGCGAGACGCCUGACCCGGAUCGCGUAGGGUGA